GUUUCGGCCUGACUCCUUGGAAACUGGAUGUGUACCACAGCGAUGAUCGGCACAGCGUGAUCGAAUAAGUGUUUGUUAUGAUUGUAUUUUGGACUAAUUUGCAACAGUAUUAAAGUUUGAUAGGUAUAUUGAAUAUUUUAAAAAGUUAAUGUCUGCUUAAAGAAUAAAACUGUAGUCAUCAUGAGUAAAGACGGCAGCAGUGACGAUGAGAAGUAUGAGCCAGCUAUCGCUCCUCUGGCUCCCAAGGUCAUCUUGCAAGAGGAGAGCCAAGUGGAGGUCUCAGCCAGUCCUGCCUUCCAGUGUCUAGAUGAGUUGUUUCAGCAGGGUAAGCUGACAGGGACUAAGGUGGCACAGCUGAAGGCCAAAUACACAGAACUACACAGAACACUGGCCAGGACCCGCGAUUCGGAGACCUCCCACCUCCAGGAAGCCAAGAAGUGCACGGUGGUCUUGGAGAAGCAGCGCGGGGAGCUGGAGAAGGCCGACAACUUCCCCGAGAGCUCCAACACCGAGGUGACCAAGAUGAGGACCCAGUUCCUCAAGCACACCAACGAGAUUGACCAGUCUUCCGAGAGGAACUACCAGAAUGACUUCAAGAUUGAGAGCUUGCAAGAGGAGAAGCGCAUGCUGGAGCGGGAGUACAGCCGCCUCCCCAAGAAAGAAGAGAUCGACAAGCAGACCAAGGAGCUGACCAAGCACAUCGAGGAGCUGCGGCUGGAGAUCGGCCAGCGGCAGCUGGAGGCCAAGAACCUGCGUGAGGAGCUGACGGCCCGGGAGAGGCAGGUGGAGCUGGAGAGGAAGGAGGUUGAGCGGGAGCUGGAGCAGCAGGAGAAGCUCAAGGAGGACCUGGUGCAGGUCCACUCCCUGCCGGGCCAGCUGAUCAAGGACAUGGACAAGAUGAACAAGCAGAAAAACGAGGUGGACAAGAAGCGGGCGGAGGUGGACCAGACCUGCAGCGACUACACCAGCGAGCUGCAGCGGCUGCUGUCCCGCCAGCAGCAGCUGACCGACGACAAGUUCCAGCUGGAGCGAGAGAAGCAGAAGAGCCAGGGGGCCCUGGAGGAGAUGCAGAUGAAGUUUGACCAGAGGAUGAAGGACUUUGAGUACGAGAAGGAGAAGGAGGCCGUCUACCUGGGCGACAGAGCAACAUUGGAUCUUGGACUGCGCCACGUGCAGAUGGAGAAGAAGAACCAACACGACAUCUACGCGCGCAAGCUGAGAGAGAAAGAACGAGACUUGCGCAACCUGAAAAAGACCGAGUUGCAACUGAAGGUGGCCAACGAAGGCCUGGCGCACACACAGUCCGUAUUCGACAAGGUGAAAUCUCAGGCUGACGGUGGCCCCAAAGACGAUGGCUCAUUACUAGAGAAACGCAAAGAGCUACAGAGAGAGGUGGAACAGACCAAACGCAUGCUAGGCAAUCAGAAUUCGUUGACAGCUGUGGAGCAGGUCAAAGUUGAACAGAGCAUCGCGGAGGAGGAACGGCUCCUGUACGAGCAGAGCGACCUGCGCAUCGAGGUGGUGGAGCUGACGCGCCUCGCAGCCAUCAAGGGUGACGAGCGCGAGCAGAAGGCGCGGGACUUCAUGCGCGCCGAGCUGCGCUACCACCGGGCGCUGGACGACCUCAAGGCCAAGGACCUGUCGAUUAUUGACAACAAGAAGAAGUACCAGGAGAUGAUGAUCAGGUUGCGCGACUUUGCCAAGAUGUACGACGUGAUCAAGAACGAGCGCAACAAGUGCGUGAACCUGAUCCAGGCCAGCACCCAGAAGGCGGCCGAGAUGCGAGAGAAGAUCAAGAUCCUGCAGAAUGAGAUUGAGAUACUCAGGACCUCAUGCCAGACUAAAGAAAGGCAACUGCAGAAGGCACGGCUGAAGCACGUCAACGCCGUGGUGCUGCGAGACCAGCUGCGCAACGAGCUGGCCAAGCAGCAGCGCAUCGAGGAGGAGAUGCGGGAGAAGCGAGAGCAGCAGCGGCUGGACAUCGCCAAGCUGAACCUGAUGAUCAACCAGGCUGAGGAACAGAUGGUCAGGCUCAGGAAGCGAUACGAGACGGCCGUGCAACACCGCAACGACAGGGGCGUGCAGCUGAUUGAGAGAAACGAGGAGGUCUGCAUCUUCUACGAGAAGGUGAACAUUCAGGAAGACAUGAUACGCAAGGGGGACGUGGAGCUUCAGAUGAGAGAGGAGGAAAUCCGCUUCCUCAAGAUGCAAGUCAGCGAAGAGAAGAGAACCAUCGGACUGAAGAGACAGACGCUGCCCAACAAGAGGGCCCUGGAACAGGAGCUGGUCACGUUACAGAUACAGCUUUCCCAGUGUCAGGACCGUAUGGGAGAACUGGAGAAGGAACUGGAGAAUCCCUACGACGAGAACCGGGUCCGAUUCCUGGAAGGGAAGGACCUGAGCCCUGCGGACCUCAACAAGAAGAUUGAACAGCUGGAGGUUCGUUUGGCCGAGAAAGAGGAGCAACUCCUGGAGAAGGAUCUGGUUCAUGAGCAGGUGCAGAGACUAGCCCAGACCGUCCAGAGCAAAGUAGAAAGCGGCAAGGAAGACACGCUACAGCUGGCUAAGAAGGUUAACGAGAUUCAGGCUAAGAUCAAGGACGUGACCCGCAAGAUGAUGGCGGCGGUCUCGGAGCUGUCCAUGCAGCAGGCCGCGGCCUUAGGCCUCCAGCAGCGGGUCCGCAGCCAGGAGGCCGAGCUGGACCAGGCCUACCUGCGCAUGGAGCAAGGCGAAGCGCCCUCAGAGGAGGCCGCACGCACCUGGGAGCGCAUGGUGCGGGACGAGAAUCGGCGCAAGGACGACGCCACCAUGAGGAAAAUGGCGGAGGAGGAAGAGGAGCAAUACAUCACAGCGGGCGGGACCACCACGACGGCCGAGCCCCGCCCCAACGCUUACAUCCCGGAUGACGACAGCGAGCUGCCGGUACCCCGCCCGUACGGCGUCCACGCCCCCUUCAAGCCGCAGGAGCCGGGUGCAAACAUGAGACACAUCCGCAAGCCCGUCGUCAAACCCAUCGAGAUCUGAUGAUGAGAAUUGUAUCGGAUUUAUGGGACAGACAGAGGGGUAGAGGGAUUGGUUUGAAAAUUGAUGUCGUGUCUCAAUAACCCAUGUGUUUGUGUACUGCCCUAAAGCGCCCUGUGUGUUACUCCCUAAUACUGCCCCAAAGUGCUCCAGCCCUGUUUGUUUUUGUUAGUCAUCGACACGUGAUUACAGUUUAAUCACAAAAAUAGAAGUUAAAAUGGGUUAUGAAAAGAGUGAUUGUAGAACCAAUAGUGCAUUAUUUUGUGUAGAGAAAGGCGGCCGUAGCCAGCAAUAUUGAUAUUCACUGCUCUUCCUGGACAGAUUUCUAAAUGGCCAUAAUCUGAAUUUUCUAAUGAGGUUCAAAUAUUUUUGCAAAAGACGGCCAAUUUCUUACAAUUGUUCAGCACAGUAGCGAAUGUGGGGUGAGGCUUGGUAUAUGCAAUUUUUUUUUGAUACUAGAAAAAUGGGGCCAAAAGUAAUAAACUUUGACUAAAAAGUACCCAAAUUUAUUCUCAAUUUGCCUUAGAAUGCGGGAGGGGCUACCCCGGACCCCCUAUAGCAGGGGCACGCCUUCACUCAAAUAUCAGCCCCGCCAUGCGAUCUGUUACCUUCCAAGUAUUGAUUGUUAAAGCUCCUCCUGUUGCAACAAUCACAAUGUGGCGCAGAACAUAUCGGUGCCGGGGCAGAAAAAUGCUUAAAACCAGUUGGUGUUGUAUCAACCAUUUAAAACCACCCAAGUGACGGGCUCUCGACCAAUAGGAAUUGGUAAACUGUAUUUUGUAUUUGUAAAUAUUAACAUGUAUACAUUAUAUAGUGAUUCAAAGAGAUGGAGUAAAGAACCCUAUUUCCCCUCCAUUUGAAUGAUGGCCUUUAAAACUGACUUCUUUCAUCCGUCCAGUUGAGGAAAAAUGUGCAAAUUAAGCACUGCACUACCUAACGGCUUUACAAUUGCGUUAUUUUAAUGUGAUUCAUCGACUUUUACAUGGUUCUAAAAAGAACCUGUUAUUAUAUGGGACUUUAUAAUGUACAUAAAAAAAAUCAGUUGUAAAUAUUUUAUAUUUUAUCAGAAAUGUUAUCCUAGCUUCCAGUUCCUCUGAUUAAAUCCGUCCUUUGGAAUAUUGAUAUUGAAGAUAUAGGGCUCACAUAAAAUUCAUUUGUUUAAUGUUCAUGUUACCGUUAUUUGUUUUUAAUUGUUCAACUUCAAAUUUAAAUUUCAGUGAAUGAAUUGUGGAUACUAUGUGUAAUACUUAACCAAUGUGAAAAUGGUGGGAGAAAUAUAAACGGCCGAAGCAAGCGCAGCCGAAACAUCAA